AUGAGUGCCCAGAGUCAAAGCUGGCUCCAGGUGCUCCGACCGAAAGCACGCUCUGCUGCCUUUGCGCGUGCUCUGGCUCAAGCAGAGCGUCUCCCAGAGUUAUCGGACGGAAGUGAGCGUGCGCUCCAGCGCGUGGUAGCUGUCGUACAGAAGCUUCCUCAGCACAGUCUGGAUGCGGCAGCACUGUAUGCACACGUUGCGACGCUUGACUCUUGGUCAACGAGAGCAGGCAUCAGCCGCGCUCUUCGUUUUUACCGCAAAGCAUGGGUCGCGCUUCAACGAAGUGGAGAGGAUUUCUAUCUGGAUAGCAUGGCAUGCUGGAAUAGUCAGCAGUUCCUGGUGCAGUGUUUGCGAACGGUGCAGCUGGGCGAUUGGCAUUCCACGAGGUGCUCGCGUAUGACCGGCACGAUCAGCGAUAGGGAGUCGCCCAGAGGCCUCCUCAAGAGUGGGGUCCAUCUGUUUUCGCUGCUGAGCCGAGCACAACAGCUGUAUGCCGGGAAUCCUUCCGCAGACGCCGCUUCUAGAGAGAUCCACGCGAGGCUUGUGUCCGACGCCAAGCGGUUCCUGGACGAGCUGAGAGCGUCCGCCAGUGGAAGCGCACUUCUCGGACGGGCGCUGUUAUCGCUUGGUGCAGCUCUGCACUCGGAAGAUAUGCUCCAGGCUGCAUUGACACAUAUUGAGCACGAGUCGCCACCAGCGGGUAACCACAGCGACAUGCGGCUGUUUGGCAAGGUGGUAGCACUUUCAGAAAACGCCAGCGUGGCGUUCUGGCGCACACAGCGGCCGCAAGUAACAGCUUCGCUGUCCUUUGACGACGAGCAGUGCGAAUCCAUGCUGACUGAAGCUCUGAGCAGGGCCAAAGAAACGGAGCAUCCGGGUUUUGCCCUAAUUCCGCUCACUGCGUUGGCAAAUUUUUACUGGCAGGUCCGCAGAGAUCCCGUCAUUGCGGAAGGUCUGUAUCGCGCCUGUCUCGAGCGUGCACCUCCGCAACGCUCGCUGUCGGGACACUCUGGUACUUCAAAGCCAGGAGAGCAGCAGCAGCAGCAGCAGCAGUGUCCAGCGCUGAGUCCAGCGAGCCAUCAGGUUCUCUACAUUGGCGCUUUGGUGCGGUACGCGCAGCUGCUCGCACAUAUGGAAUGGAACGGUCGACGACGCACGACGGAGUCGGAGCAAGUCGCUGCCCAGGCGCGACAAUGGCUCGGCCCCGACACCCAUGUCCGUUCACUGGAAACUACAGCGGUGUCCAGCUGGUGUGUCUGGCUCGCAGAGAAGUCGCGGCUUUGCCAUGAUGUCACUUUUUAG